AGGGGAAAAGAGAGCAAUACUUGGUACAAUCUGAGCCAAACGAUUGCAGGUACAAUCGGCGCCAAACGAUUGCAGAUAAAUUYUGUCUGCUGUUCGUUAGAGGUUGAUAUUGUAGCUGGCGUUACAGAAGUUGUCUGCUGCAAUAGGAUGUGCUAAGCUAGAGAUACAAAGAUAUAACAAUGGUGGCAAUCCAGCCAUAUAUUAAGUUCCCCGUGUAUGGAAAUUGUGUCACCGAGCUAUGUUUUGUCCCAAAAGGAUUAUGGAGUCAAUACCAGAGGAAGUGUUAUGCUCGAUAUGGCAGAGUUACUCGAAAUUUCUCCAUUCCCGGUGGCCUCCAAUCCACAAACUUAAAAUCAAGAAAGUGUCAUGAUAGACGAAUGGAAUGUCAUUGUUCAGGGAAUCUAAUAAAUACUGAUACAAAUGCUUCUGGGUGGAUCCCUGUUAUUGAUCAAGUGCUUCUCAUGGGAAGUGUUUUUCUUACACAUUUGGCUGGAGGGCUACCUGUUGACAGGUCCUUUACAAACUUUGGAAGGAAAAUUUUCAUUGAUGAUAUUGCUCCCGAAGAACCAAUCUUUUCUGGUAGUGCUGCAACGAAUGAYAAGGACAGUGAAGUUAACUUAAACUUGUCAUGGGAUACCGUGAAAGGCAAACUUAUUGAUUCCAUAAGUGCGAUUGAACGUGGGGCCAAACUUGACGAUGGAAAUAUGGAAACUGAACAAAUUGCGAAGCAACCUUCAUGUUUAGCUGCUGUUGCAGAAGGACCCAGGUUCCGAUUGCUGUGGGCUUCCUUUCAAUGGCUUAAAAAUGAGGUGGAUAACAUCUCCAUAAACACUUAUACUCCAGAUGUGAAAAUUUGGCAAAAGGGUUUCUCUGAAAUCCUUCAGAGAUCUUCACUUUCUGUAUGCAUUGAUUGGCUCAAAGAGGAGCUUUCUUUGAAACACAGAGGAUCCAUUAAGGACCUGCCGUCUCCUUUGCUUGAAAAGUUAGAUGGGUAUGACUCCGUUUUACAAUACAUUAAAAAGUCGGGCAAGGAGGAACUCUAUACAGAGCUAGUUUACAUUCUUAGAUUUGGUGCCCUCAGCCAGGAAUGCUGUUAUGACUAUAACUUCUUUACUUUACACGGGGUUACUGUGUUGGAAGAUAUGGUUAUCACAUUGGCAGAAGGGAUUGCAAGCAUGUAUUUGGAGCUAAUUUCGGUAGACAGUGACAUUUCAAAUGAAAUGAACAACCUUGGUUUGAGUUUGUGCACUUUGUCGACCCGGGCGCUUCAGAGAUUACGAAAUGAGGUGGCACUGAACCARUGGUUAUAUCAGAACAUGGAGGCAGUUGUAUCUAUGUACGAGGACCGACUUGACUUACGCAUGCUCCAGACUCGAACCAUUGUCGAACCUAGCAACGGCAAGGCUGAAAAGUUUGGCUGGUUGAAGAAUCUUAACCUGAGAAAGUCUAGACCCGUAACGGCUCCGUUUCGUGCUUUUGUAAUCAGCUAUGUCUCUAUACCUGUCAAGCGAACCAAAGAAUUAAGGGCCCUUACGGGAUGGAGGUACUACUGUAGUCUAUUCCUUGAAUCGGCUGAUAUCAUAAUGCCAUUCAUACGAACCCUUUUUGCAAAAAUCAGCGAUGCUGUCUCGUUCUUUUUGGUUUGCUUGAUCGGGCGAUCUUUAGGACUCAUCUACACCGGGAUAAGACAGUCCCUGCGAUGGAAGUAAGAUGUAUGCAGUCCUUUUCUAUUCCAUUUAUUUUCUUGAUUUCGUAAUUGUGAUUUAGAUGGUGAACAUUACACAUGUAUCUAAAUUAUAGAAUUCCAAUUCUUUAAUAAUCAUUUAUGGAUCAUUUGCCCUA